AUGGGAACUAAAGGCCACACUAAUGAACUAGCGAGUCUGCCUCAACCCAAAGUCGCAAACGCUUCUCCCUAUUCCUUGCAUCCAUCAGACCACCCAGGUUUGAUUUUUGUUACCAAUCCACUUGGUGAAAAUGGAGAAAACUAUUUCACUUGGAGACGAAAUUUUUUGAACACACUUCACUCUAAAAACAAGGCUGAAUUUGUUAAUGGAACCAUUGAGAGACCGAAAGAAAACUCUCAGGAUUUACAGCCAUGGAUACAAUGCAAUGCCAUUGUACUUUCAUGGCUUACAAAUGCAAUUGCCAUGGAAUUGCAGGGUAGCGCCGCACACGUUGAAACUGCUAGAGAAAUUUGGGUAAAUCUAGAGGAAUGA